AUGUUUUAUGACAUUUAUUAUAGGGUAUUUCUGCUUACUUAUGCGGUUCACACCGCGGCAGAUAUUGAAACAAAUGAAAUAUCAACAGGAUGUUCAAGCGAUUAUGACUGUAAAUAUUUAUAUGAUCACAUUGUAAAUCAUGUCGACACAUCUAAAGAUGUAUGUAAAGAUGUUUAUUCUUUUACUUGCCAAGUAAAGAAUGAACUUGGAAUAUUUAGCGAAAAUUUCAUGAAAGCCCAAUAUAAAACAUUGAUUGAGCGUGUCGAAUACUCAAUAAAUGAUGAUUCAUACAUGGACAAAUUUAAACCAAUUGAAAAAGAAAGGGAGCUUUAUAAACUAUGCAUGAACUACGGUGACGAACAAGCGAAACAUUUCAGGACGCAGGAAAAGUUAAAAUUCUUAAAAGAGAUGUAUAACAAUGCUUCUCAUGGCUUCAUAUGGGGAAUUGUCGAUCAAAAAUUGUAUAAUGAAGGUUUCGGGCAUGCUUUUUUUAAUAUCAGAGUCAUUCCUAAUCCUAGAAACGUUGAUCAAAACAUAAUAAUGUUAGAGCCACCUACGUUUGACUCUUAUGCAGACAUUCAUGAAGCAUUGAAACUAAUCGAAGAGUUUUCCACAAAGUACGAUAAAUUUAAUAGAUCAGAUAUUGACGAACUAUUGCAUCGUUAUGUUACAUCUGAUAAAUUAAAAAAUGUACAAAAACUAGUGCAAUCUGUAACGGAGGUAAUCUUCAAUUCAACUACCGAUUUCACAGACAAUGGUAGCAAGGUGACAACCAUUGGCGCUUGGUACAAUGACUUUAUCAAAACAUACGAAAGAAGUAGUGUUACAAGAAUAGAUUGGUUCCGUUAUCUCGCUACAACUUUUAAUGAAGUGGAAGUAGAUAAUAUUGAUUAUAAAACACCUAUUCUUGUCAAGAACAAAAUGUACUUUUCAAAACUUUUCGAUAUAUUCUUUGAAACAUCAAAUGAAGUCAUAGCAACUUCAAUCGUUGUUAAAGCAAUAGCUGAAAACAUAAAAUACAUCGAUUGGAAUUUAGCCACCAAGUUAAAACUUGUAUCGGAUAAGUAUAGAUCAGAGUUUUGUUUACAUAACACAAAAUUAUACGGUUUUUCGCAUGGGAUCUUAAAAGAAUACAAGAAGCAACCGAAUUCUGAAUUCCAUCAACUAACAAACAAGAUUAUUCGUACCUUUAUCAGUGAAAUCGAAGAAUCGAUUGCACUCUCGUAUAGUAAUGAAACAUAUUUAAAAUCGGAAUUGGAUACGAUUACUGCAUACGUGUAUAAACCUGAUGUCUACUUUGCAAGAAUGGUGGAACAAUUUUAUAAGGGUUAUGAUAUCGAGGGAAGUUAUUUUAGUGAUAUUGUUAGAUACCGGAAAAUAAUGAAACAAAAAGAUCUUUCGAUGUUAAAACAUAAAUCUAUACAUUUUAAAGCAUACCUACCGUUCAGUAUUAUAGAUUUAGUACAACCAGCUAAUCGUUUCACAAUAAAUGUGUAUUUUACUAGUCUUGAAUUCAAUCAUCAUAUAACGAAACGAGAAAUCAUUUAUGGGAGAUACGGUGUUCAAAUUGCUAGCGUUUUAUAUGCUUUAUUAAAUGAAAACAAAUUGGAAGAUUAUUCACUGCGUAGAUAUAAUCAUAAUACUUUGAAGAGUCAUUUAAGUGCACAUCCAGAUUAUUCUCUUGAUAAAAUGCGAUGCGUUAUUCCUGGUGUUCACAAAGAUAACAAAAAACAAUUUAUUGAAGCAAUGUCAAACGUAUAUGGAUUUCAAAUUGCCCAUACGGCCCUGCGGCCUAGUAAAAAUGAUUUACCACUUUUUCCUAAGCUUGGCUUGUAUCAUAUUCGGCAGUUCUUUCAUUUGGAAUAUAUAAAGGCACAUUGCUAUAUGGAGAAAGAUACGAUAAAUUCAAUUGUUCUCCACGAUGAAACAUUCUACACAGCUUUCCGUAAAUGUAAAAAUAGCAUCGUAAAGUGCCCAAAGUCUGCAGCAUUUGAUCGCUUGAGUAAAAAUGUAUUUUUAAUCUAAGUGUAAAAAUUACUAUCUUAUCUCUAUUUGUAAGCGAGCAAUAAUUUUCAAAUACCAAAUCAAUUGUUUUAAAAAAUAAUAUAAUAACGUAUAUAAAUAGAUGUUCAAAAUUUCUGGCGAACAAAAAUGAUUAUUUUUUCUAAA